AUGGCGGCAGUGGUGAACGGUGGAGGCGAUGGCGCGCUUGGAGGACUACCUUUGGAGCAGUGGUUCUUCGAGAUGCCCAUUUGCACAAGAUUGUGGACAUCAGCGACAGUCAUAACAGGAAUCUUGGUACAGUGUCAGGUUUUGACACCUUUCCAGCUCUUCUACAGCUUCCGCGCAGUCUUCCACAAGCAACAGUUCUGGCGAUUAGCGACGACAUUUAUCUAUUUCGGUCCGCUCUCCCUCAACCUCCUCUUCCACAUAUUCUUCAUCCAGCGCUAUGCGCGCAUGCUUGAAGAGUCAGCCGCCUCAGUCGCACAUUUCAGCUGGCUACUCGCAUACACCUCAGUCACACUGCUGGCCAUUGCCCCACUCUUCAGCCAAGCCUUCCUGGGCACGACCCUCAGCAGCACAUUGGUGUACAUCUGGUCGAGGAGAAACCCAGACACGAGGCUAAGCUUUCUUGGACUGCUCACAUUCAAGGCUCCAUGGCUACCAUGGGUGCUUGUUGCGUUCAAUGUGGUACUUCACGGACACUGGCCUAAGGACGAGCUAUGUGGAAUUGCUGUUGGACACGUGUGGUACUUCUUCAACGACAUUUACCCAACAGCGCACAACGGCUCGCGGCCUUUGGACCCACCCCAGUUCUGGAUCAGGCUAUUUGAGCGAGACGCGAACCCAGCACCUGACAGCGAGGUGCACCCUGCAGCGCUUAAUAGAGACAUUGCGGCACCAGCAGUACCAGACAUGAGGUAA